AUGGCCGGUGAUAACGGAGAGGUAGAGAAAUGGCGUAUCUCUUGUGAAUCAUAUAUGCGAAAUGUGUCUGCCAUGUUCACAAUACCUACCAUCUAUGUCACAUUACAGCCGAAACAUACUCCAAGUCUGUAUACUCAGGCGAGUGUACCAAUGUACCCUUCGUAUGGCUAUCCAGGUGGGUUUAUGAAUUUAUUUGCUGCUCAGAGCCCACCUCUCUAUCCAUAUGGUGCUGUGUAUCCACCUAUAAUGAGUCAACCAUCAACAUGUAAUCCGGGGAACAAUGACAACAUGGUGCCUGACACCUCUAAAAGGGUAGAAUCAAAUCAACCCGGUGCCUCACGAUAUUCUCCCGAACAUGUCGAUUGGGGUGUGGAUAGCGGGUUCAAUGGGUAUUCAACUGGGAAUGAUGAAGGUGAUGGUGAAGGUCAUGAUGAUGAAGUUGAUGAUGAAUUUGAUGAUGGAGGUGAUGAUGAAGUUGAUGAUGAAGGUGAUGAUGAAGGUGAUGAUCCUUGCAAUGAUGAUCUCCUAAAUGAGAUGGAUGAUAACAUUGAUGAUCCGGACUUCAUAAUUGAAGAAAAUGAAGAUAUCGACGACAAUGUUGUGUCGCCCUCAAACAUGAUUGGUGGUAUAAAUGAGCAUAUUUUACGCAACAAGAAGAGUAUAGUGAUCCACAAUGUUCCUCGGCUUGACCUUUCUGGAGGGGUUGCUAUUGAAGAGGCCGAUUUGAAUGAAAUCGCUACUCGUUCGAGUAGCGGUUGGAGGAUUCCCGAAGCCAAUUUUCACAACGUUGAUGUUCAUCCUUCGUCUGAAGAGCCGUCAAUGAUAUAUCGUGAAUUAGCCGAAGGCGUUGUCAUUGAAACCCCUCGACAAUUGCCUGCAAAGAUCAUUGGAGCAUUAUUCGCGCCGAAGUUGUUGACAGAGGGCCGAGUAUUAAAGCCUGUAGAGAUUAUGGGUGACAUGGAGCAUGAUCAUGGCAUUAAGCUAAAAUAUGAUACAGCUCUGAGGUCUCAAAACGCCGCCUACGACUUCAUUUAUGGAGAUCAUAAGAAAUCCUGGGAACUUUUGCCGGCGUAUUUUCAUAUGUCGAUGAAGGAAAAUCCUGGAACAUCGGCAUACAUUGAGACUGAUAAAGAUGACGUGUUUAAGUAUGCUUUCAUUUCUUUUAACGCGUCUGCAGGCUUCCUCAGUUAUUGUCGGCCUGUUAUUGUGAUUGACGGUACGCAUCUGAAGGCUUCGCUCCACUUUCGGAUGUCCGGAAAAUUUAGUAAUUGUUUCCAAUCGCCACCCGAGCAUAAAGUCUGCUAUGGAGGUUGUCUACCCUGA